UGGAUGCUCCAGGCUGCACCUCUUGAGCGGGCGCUGGCUCCUCUCCAGGCCGCCUCGCCGAUGUGCUGUGGCCGUCGCAUCUCGUGAGACCCCAGAGCCCUUCGCCUGCAAGGUGCCGAGAAGAUGAAAGAGGAAAGCAUGUGCCCGGACUCCCCCGAAGGCAGCCUGGUCACCAGCGAGGAGGAAGGCGAGCGGCUGCACAAGAAAUGCCUCCGCAAGCGUGGCCAGGGGGGCAAGCCGGCGGAGGACUGCGGGGCUCCCUCGCCGCAGGGCAAGCGGAGCAAGCGCAGCCCCGUCCCGCAGUCCUUCGAGGACGUGCACACGCAGCGCGUGAUCGCCAACGUGCGGGAACGCCAGCGGACCCAGUCGCUCAACGACGCCUUCGCGGAGCUGCGGAAGAUCAUCCCGACGCUGCCCUCCGACAAGCUGAGCAAGAUCCAAACCCUCAAGCUGGCUGCCCGCUACAUAGACUUCUUGUACCAGGUCCUGCAGAGCGAUGAGCUGGACCACAAGAUCACCAGCUGCAACUACCUGGCCCACGAGAGGCUCAGCUACGCCUUCUCCGUCUGGAGGAUGGAAGGGGCUUGGUCCAUGUCCGCAUCCCACUGAGCCGGGGUCUUACGCCUCCGCCUCAAUGGAAACAAGCAGCAGCUCGCCAGCGCCCGGGCACCCAGACCCAGCCACCCCGCUCUCCUCCAGCA